GUAAAGCAUUCAGCUAAACCUUGCUCUUGUGAUUGUGUUUCGCCUUCGGCCUGCCAUCGACAUCAGCAACAGCAAGCAUUUCUCACUCACUCAUUUUCUCCCUUCCGUCAAGUUUCAGACCCUUUUUUUCCACCCGCUGACGUUAGAAAAGGUAUUUGGAGGGAGGUGCGAUCGGCGUAGAAAAUUGUGGAGGUUUUGUCCAUUUCCGAGUUCCAGGAAGCACCCUCCCCUGGUUCAAUUGAAGCAGUAGUUUCCCCAGUAAAAAAAAAAAAUUGUCUUUUUUCUUUUUCCUUUUUUCUCUGGUUAUAUAUAUAUACAUUUGCUGGUUCUUAUGGACCAGACGGAGAGAUGCGAGAGGAAACAGGGUCGAACACCAUUAAUACCAUGGACUCCCAAGCUACCGAACCUGCAACAACCUUCUCGGCCACCGUGAACGACUAUUCCAAUAUCAAGAUGAUCAACGCCGAUUUGCUUGCUGAAGAAGCAUGCGUCGGGACGCACCCCGAUAAGGCCGAUAAGGCUGUUGUCGCCUCUCCGGUGGGAAAGACUUCUCGGAUGGUCCAAAACAACGGAGAGUAUGCUGUUGUCGCGUCUCUCGCCGUUGAUGCUGCUGCCAGGAAUACUUUGGCAGCUGAGUCAACGCCCAGAGGCAGAGGAGAGGUGGAUGGGGUUAAGGCCGUUUUGUCGAUGGAUGCCGUUGUAAGGGUGUUUUGCGUUCAUACGAAACCCAAUUUCUCUCUCCCUUGGCAGAGGAAGCGACAAUUUAGUUCCAGUAGCUCUGGGUUCGUUAUUGCCGGGCGGAGAAUAUUGACAAAUGCCCAUUCCGUGGAUUACCAUACCCAGGUUAAGCUCAAGAAGCGUGGUUCUGAUACCAAGUACUUGGCCACUGUCUUAGCAAUUGGCACGGAAUGCGAUAUCGCGAUGCUAACAGUUAAAGAUGACGAGUUCUGGGAAGGCAUUUCGCCAGUGGAGUUUGGGUCCUUGCCUGCACUCCAGGACGCAGUCACGGUAGUAGGAUACCCAAUUGGGGGAGACACAAUAUCAGUGACAAGUGGUAUCGUCUCUCGCAUAGAGAUGUUGUCAUAUGUUCAUGGGGCAUCUGAGCUUCUGGGUUUGCAGACGGAUGCAGCUAUUAACUCGGGAAAUUCUGGUGGACCUGCUUUCAACGAUAAGGGACAUUGCGUGGGUAUUGCAUUUCAAUCUCUUAAACAUGAAAUUGCGGACAAUAUAGGUUAUGUUAUACCAACUCCGGUUGUUAUGCACUUCAUUCAAGAUUAUGAGAGGAAUGGAGAAUAUACAGGGUUUCCAACUCUUGGAGUUGAUUUACAGAAGAUGGAAAAUCCUGAUUUGCGCAUGGCAAUGGGUAUGGCAUCAGACCAGAAGGGUGUUCGUGUUAGAAGGAUUGAGCCUACAUCUCCAUUAUCUCAGGUUCUGAAGCCAUCUGAUGUUAUACUCAGCUUUGAUGGAAUUGAUGUUGCUAAUGAUGAGACAGUUCCAUUCAGGCAUGGAGAACGUAUUGGGUUUAGUUACCUGGUGUCUCAAAAAUAUACCGGAGAGAAUGCUGUGGUUAAAGUUCUUCGCGAUUCAGAGAUUCUUGAAUUCAACAUAAAACUUGCAACUUACAAACGGCUUAUUCCAGCACAUAUCAAGGGCAGACCUCCAUCAUAUUACAUUAUUGCUGGAUUUGUCUUUACAAUGGUAUCUGUUCCAUAUCUCCGCUCUGAGUAUGGAAAGGAUUAUGAAUGUGAUGCACCAGUCAAACUGUUGGACAAACACUUGCAUGCAAUGGCACAAUCAGACGAUGAGGAACUUGUGGUUGUUUCUCAGGUUCUUGUGGCUGAUAUCAAUAUUGGGUAUGAGAACAUUGUCAAUACUCAGGUUCUUGCCUUCAAUGGGAAGCCUGUCAAGAAUUUGAAGAGCUUGUGCAACAUGGUUGAGAACUGUGAUGAUGAAUUUUUGAAGUUUGAACUGGAGUAUCAACAGUUGGUGGUCCUUCAGACAAAGACUGCAAAGGCAGCAACUCCAGAUAUUCUCACAACGCACUGCAUACCUUCGGCAAUGUCUGGUGAUCUCAAGACAUGAGGUAAAAUGGAGGUAUAUGGAAACUUUCUCAUCCUCGCAAUCACUUACAGAAGCUUCUCUACUUGCAGAACUCCCAUCUACUGUGUGCAGAUUUGGCAGUUCUAGUUGGUUGAAUAUACAAAUCAUUUAGAAAAGGAGAAAAAAGGGAGAUGGAGUAGGAUAUGGUGCCACCCAACCUGUGUAUGAUUUAUUCAGUUAGGCUAUCUCCAUUCAAAAUAAAAAAGUUUUGUACGAUAGUUGGAAGCAUCUCAACGGGAUUGGGAUGGGAUUUCUAUUAAGGAGCCGUAGGCUUGGGGGAUGUAAAAAUUGGUUCUAUAUUAUUUUUUAGGGAAGUGUGUUUGCUUUUGGUUCUAUAAUUGAAAAAGCAAAAGUUGUGAGAAAAUCCACACCCUGGUUACUCGUGUUA